UCUGCACCCUCAGCUCUUCCCACUGCUUAAUUAGCCUCACCAGUCAGGGAAGAGGAAGAGUUGGGAGGUAGCGCCGCGGCUUAGGCUGGUGUGUCGUAAAAUCGUAAACAGCAGUUGAAGAAUUGCAGCUGCUUGAAAAAGGACUGUCCAGUGAAUAAAAUGAAGCAUUAGCUGAGAAAGGUAGUUCAAGAUUGAAAAACCGUGCUCACGCUUCAUAGCGGCAUCCACCUCCAUGUCUGCUCCAACGAGCCGGAAAUCUUUGACUGGAUCACGCAGAUUCAACCCCCUGAAGGCACUGCAGCCGAAACGCCGUUUGCAGCAAAUGUUGUCUUCCCCUUCAGCGCGACCAUCUCCUCCUGUCAGUGCUGGGACAUCUCUCCGUGAACCCUUCUGCACAUCCUCCUUAAGUAGCAGCAGUAAUUCUGGCUCUUGUAAAGGUAGUGAUGGAAGUCCAACCCCCAGACGGCACAUGAAGUACUCCUCCUGCAGUGAUAACCAUGGCAUUAAGCCACCAAACCCCGAGCAGUACUUGACUCCAUUGCAGCAGAAGGAAGUCUGUAUCCGUCACCUGCGAGCCAGACUAAAGGAAACCAUAGACCGACUGCAGGAGAGGGACACGGAAGUUGAUGAACUCAAAGCUCAGCUCUCGAGAAUGCAGGAGGAUUGGAUUGAAGAGGAAUGCCAUCGGGUUGAAGCACAACUUGCACUAAAAGAAGCCAAGAAAGAGAUUAAACAGCUGAAAGAAGUCAUUGACACUGUCAAGGAUAACAUUUCUGAUAAGGAUAUGGGCAUUCAAAAGUACUUUGUUGAUAUCAACAUCCAGAACAAAAAGUUGGAAACCUUACUAUACAGUAUGGAAAUGGCACAGAAUGGCUCAGCAAGAGAAGAAGGAAGUGCUCUAAAUCUGGAAUCUGCAGGUGGAUCCCCAGCUAAAUCCUUAACAAGAAGCUCUACCUACACAAAAUUAAGUGACCAUGCAGUUCCAGAAAAGAACAUUACUGAUUUUAAUAGUUUUUCAGCAGAAGAGACAGUAGACAGUGGCUUUGUUUUAGGCGAUAAUGGCACCAGCAGAACAGAGCUUCAGGAACCUGGCUUCUUAUCAGAGGAUGCUUCUUUAAUUACUUCAUACACAGCUGCCUCCAGACUCCCACAAAGUUCCACCUUUGAAAAACUGAUAAGUAGUCAGAGUAGCAUGGAAAUUGGGAUCAAUAACCAUAGCUUUCAUCAAGUCCAGGAGCAAGCCAUACAAACCGACUUUAUCCACUACAACCCAGACCUGGACACCAUCAUGGAAAAAGUAAUGAAAUCUCAGGCAUGUAGUCCUACAUCUACAUGGAUAUCUGAAGAAGGAGAGGAUAUGGAGAUGGUUCCCUUGGAUCACCAAAACCAGAUACUAUCGGAGUGUGUCUGUGCAAUGGAUUUGGCUUCUACUGAUCCCAGCACGAUGAUUAUGGUAACUAGUACUGACUGGCCAAGUGCUGUCUCAAGUCCUGACAACUGCCAGCCAACCCUAAAGCAACCCAUAAGUGCAUUGGGGCAAAUAGACAGCCCGGACAAAAUGGAGGUGGUGAAGGUGGAGGAUGAUGAUGAUGAUGAUGAACUUGAUGAAGAGCAAAAUCCUAAGGAGGCACCAACAGCAAAAAGUCCAGAGAAGAGCUACUGGAGCCGACACUUCUUAGUGGACCUCCUGGCUGUAGCUGUACCUAUAGUGCCUACAGUGGCCUGGCUGUGCCGUGGCCAGCGUCGGAAUGGUCAGCCAGUCUACAACAUCAGCUCUUUGCUUCGUGGUUGUUGUGCUGUAGCACUGCAGUCCAUUCGUAAGAUCAGUGGAGGGUGUCAAAUGAAUGGUGGAACUCAAAUAUAACUUUACUUGUUCAUCACCUUCACUAUUGCACUGAGAUGCUGGAAUUAGACAUGCAUUUAUCUGACAACGAUUGUAGCUUUUCACGCUAGACAAAGGGUCAAUGUCUGAAUGUCUGCCAAUGUUCAAUCAAGAAGAGCCAUACCCUCCAUAUUUAUGUAGAAGUGACUUAUUUAUGUUCCUUAACAUAUUGGUGGCCUGAGUCAUUUUGUUUCUAGGACUUAUGUGCCAUAGAAUGUGAUUUCAAGGUUUAAAACAAAAUAU